AUGUCUCAACAGGUAAUACCAGUUACUUUCUCGGAAAGCGAAGACUAUGGAUUUGCAGAUAUCAAAAUAGGGUUUUACAAAGGUGAUCAUGGGGAUGGAGAGCCAUUUGAUGGAGUUCUUGGUGUUUUAGCUCAUGCAUUUUCGCCGGAAACCGGGAGGUUCCACCUUGAUGCGGCGGAGACAUGGGCGGUGGACUUUGAUAGAGAGAAAUCAGAUGAGGCUAUUGAUUUGGAAUCAGUAGCUACACAUGAAAUUGGACAUUUGUUAGGGCUGGCUCAUACUUCAGUUCAAGAAGCAGUGAUGUUCCCUAGUUUAAGACCAAGAGAAAAGAAGGUCGAUUUGAAAAUAGAUGAUAUUAAGGGAAUUCAAGCUCUUUACGGUUCAAAUCCUAAUUUUAACGAUCAAGCUCUUUCAGAAUCAGAUACUUCUAUAAGCAAUGGAGUAGCUUUGAGCAAGAGACCAUUUACAUGGUCUAAUUUUAUUUUGUUCUUGAUCUUGUCGAUAGCUAUGUAAAUGUUUGCACAAAUUAGGUUUAGUUUCUAUAUACAUAAGUCUUUGGGUUAUGGUCAUGAAAAGAAUUGACUCUUGACCUAACUUAUUUCUCUCCUUUUUACUCCCUAGUGCAUAAUAUUGAUGUGCAUUUGUAACAGAAUUUGCAGUAGAGAAAUCAGAGUAUUCAAAUAGGUAAGGGCUAUAAUAGUUUUGUUAUA